AUGUCGCUUCUGAAUUGGGUAUGCGCUACGACAGCGACAAAGGCCGGAUCCAUGCUUCAUGCUCAAGCACAGUCCCUGUGCACCAGCCUAGCCGCCCAGUACUCAGGAACGCCAGUGUCUAGCACUUUUGAAGACACGUUUCUGGGCUACCUGUCUGCCGAACGCAGUUCUGUAAACUGGACAUUCUCGGGAGCUGACCUCCUCCGCAAGAUUGACAAGGCUUUAGAGGAGUACGGUUUCCUUUUCGCGCUUGCGAACAAGCGAUAUGACGAGGCUUCAGACGCCCAUAGCUACGGAGAGGCCCAGUUCUAG